AGGAUCAACAACAGCAGCGACGUAUAGUCCCAGUUAAUAUUGCUAUGAGAGUGGAUGAUCUAUAGUUUCAUAAUUAAAUAGAAGCUAUAUAUUAUUUUCCCCAAGAUGUUCGGGGAGAGUUUUGAAAACUUCACGAUAAAUUUUAACGCCUUGAACCCGAGAGUCACAUUUUCGGGUGGCGAUGUCAUGUCAGGUCAAGUGUCGUUUAAUCUCACCAAAGAAGCAAAAAUCCAGACCAUCAUGAUCGAAAUGAAAGGUAGAGCCAACGUGUUGUGGCACGAGCAGAGUGGUGGUCGUAGGCGAACGACAACUGGAGUCGGAGCAAACCGAAGGCGCAGAGGAGGAGGAGGAGGACGGAGGCAAAGACGAACCUACUCCGCCGAGUUGAAGUUCUUCAACCUGAACAACAUUGUACUGCAAAGCAACAAUGCAGAUGGACACACCGUUCUCCCUCCAGGAAAACACGUGUUUCCUUUUACUGUCCAACUUCCGCAUGGUGACUUUCCUCCGUCGUUCCAAGGCCUCCACGGGAAAAUUGUGUAUUCUAUGGUGGUUGCCAUACACAGACCCUGGCAUCUAGCAAAAGAGUUCGACACUGAGGUCAAAUUCGCCAGCCGCACCGAUGCCAACCAUCCCCAUCUGCGGAUGCCUCUGACAGGAUCCAAUGCCAAGACCUUGUGCUGCUUGUGGUGCACCAGUGGGCCUGUGUCCAUAAACGCCCAACUGGAAAGGAAAGGCUACAGCCCAGGAGAAAAUAUCAAAGUCAUUGCGGAAAUAGGCAAUGCCUCCAAUCGCACAGUCAGGCCAUACGCUAAACUGAUUUUGGAGGAGAUAUUUUACACCUCUAACAGAGGAAAGAGGAAAUACCACUCUAAACUUUUACACCGUAAAGAUGGUCAAUCCAUCGAUCCGAACACUUCAGACGUCCACAGCGAGAUACUUCUGCCCAUCCCCCAGAAUGCAACACCAACUAUCGCCAACUGCCAGAUCAUUGAUGUCCAUUACUAUGUGAUGGUGGCUCUGGAUAUCUCUCGAAGUUCAGCCCUGGAGAUCAAGUUCCCCAUUUCGCUGUGCAGUAUUCCGUUCAAUCCCAACCAGCCUCCAUCAGCAGUCGCACCAGUGCAGUCCCAGCCAGGCCAGUACGCUGCUCAAUAUGCUCCACAGCCAGGACCACAACCUGGGGCAUAUCCAGAUCCCCAGCCUGGUCAGUACCCCGCACCCCAACCCGGUCAGUACCCCGCACCCCAACCGGGGGCAUACCCAGCACCCCAGCCUGGGGCGUACCCAGCACCACAACCCGGUCAGUACCCAGCACCACAACCUGGGGCAUACCCAGCACCCCAGCCUGGGGCGUACCCCGCACCACAACCUGGGGCAUACCCCGCACCCCAACCCGGUCAGUACCCCACACCCCAACCGGGGGCAUACCCAGCACCCCAGCCUGGGGCAUACCCAGCACCACAACCUGGGGCGUACCCUGCACCCCAACCCGGUCAGUACCCAAAUCAACCUGGUCCUUACCCAGCACCCCAGCCUCAACCUGGUCCACCCCCAAAAUGAUGUGCCAUCCAGUACCCGGCCCAAAACCCUGCCUGAUCAGUACCCAUUGCCAUCUAGACCCUGUUUACACUUACCUGGGUAUUUUUGAAAACAGAGACUUCGCCCUCCGUUUGUGCAUUUUUCCUUUUUUUUAAGCUCCAGCAAAAGUGGAGAUUUUUGAAAACUUCGGCUUUCUGUUUUCAUAUAAACAGAGAAAUACUUGAAUGGAGAAGAAACACUUCAUUCCAGACCCUUGUGUGAGCUCACCAAGCCAAGCGUAAAUACACAAAGGUCUGGUGAGAGUCAAGUUAGUGUGAACCAAGUUAUUUUGGAAAACUGAGGGAAGAAAAUGUCUGUUUAUCAAGAUACCCGGCUACUGUAUGUGUAAAUGUAGUGCUAGACCUGUAUCAAAUCAAGACAAGCCUAUAAAAUAGCAUUCAUCGUAAUCAAUAUUCAAGAGUGAGCAGCAUGGUCACUUCAGCACACCAUCCCUUUUUAAAGUAAAUAAUAAAUAUUGACAUACUCUUAAUCAUCCUUAUAACAAUGUUGUAGCCUCACAAUGCAUUGCAAACCAUUCCGCUAGUGGAAAGCUUUACUGAUAAUUGAAAAUCUUUACUGCCAUCGCACUACACCACCGUGACAUUACACAGAAUCAUUGUAAUUGUCAUAGAUUUGUAUCGCAAUUGUAAUAGUAAUACAUUACAACCUGGUCUUUGCCAUUCUGGUUAGAACAAAUUUAUAACAACGGCCAUGUCUUAACACAUCAAAACUGAAAAAAGCGCUUCUGUGCCUGUAUAGUUCUUAGAGAGGUUAAGAUAUGAUUCAGUUACUCUCUUCCGAAGACUCCAUAUCUUUUGUCCAAGAAAGCUGUCUGGGUUCCAUCUUUGGAAUUAAAGUUGGUGAAAUAUUGAUGAACAUAAGUUACCACAUUGACUUAGAUGCCUCUAUUUCAACCAGGGAUACAACUGGAUGCCUUGUUGUUAUGCUCUACUCUUUCUUUUUGCUUAAUAAUAUUAAGUUUUAUUUAGUGUUUAUUCUCUAUAGUAAUAUAGAACUAAUGUUUCUCUGCCUGGUUUGCAUUAUGCAGUGGUAGUUAGGGUGGUUGGGAACUUUCUACUUGGAUGUGUACUAACAUCUCAGGGUUGCACUACGAGAGGUAAUCCCCCAUCCCGGCCCAUGCAAAACUAACAGUACACCUCCAUUAAGACCAAUUGUGCUCUUUCUCUCCUGUUUUCAGUUGAAACUUGAGAUAAUAUCAAUCUGCCUCACUUUUUUACAUUACAUCAGAUGUCUGCCUUGCAGGUAGGAUAGUGCUCUCCAGAGUAAGGCCUUCAUGGUGAUACUGAAAAGCAGAAUGGAAAGUGUUUAUCAUAUUUGUUACAAAUUAAACUGUUACAAACAAUACAGGGUUAAACAUGUUUUAAAAAAAACAAAAAAACAAAAAACAAAUGCAGCUAUUAUGUAUGAAUUUUGUGUGAUAGUUACAAAUUACUUCUGGCAGAACGUGGUUGUUAAAUAGGAAAUGCAUCUCUUGGAUUUCACCCCUUAAAGCCCUUUAAAAAUGAAUCACUGCCAUUAUUAGUACGUGCCAUUGGUAUAUGGAGUACCACAGCACAUGCUGCUAGGUCGAAAAGUGCCACUUGUGUAGUCCUUGUAUAGGACUUUUUUGGCAAGUUCAAUCUCUAGCUUUAGAUUAAAGCACUUUAGUUUGGGUUUAUUGCGGGUAAGUUAAAAAAAAGUUAUUCAUGACUUUCUGUGUACCAAAUGUUGUAGAAUGUCUGUUUCGUUUCGGUUAUGAUCACCAACUAAUGAAUGUGUCAGUAUACUGUCCAGGUCGUCUUGAUCACAGAGAACGCUAUAGAUCAGAUCAAACCAUAACAGUUCGAUCUUGCGUGUAAAACUGCCGUCAGGAAGUUUUUCCGUUGUCAUAUUGAAUAUACUGUAUGCUCUGGUGUCUGGGUUUAUGAAAGAGGUAAAUGAAUUAGUAGAACUUGCUUAAAUUGAAAACAGCUUUAGACGUAAAAUAAUAAUAAUAAAAAUAAAUCCUCCAGGACCACCAGGUUGUUAUUCAUGUGCAAUAUUGAAACAUGGAGGUCAGCCACAUACGCACAAGAAUUUUGGUGUAUGAACAAAUGUAAAUGGUUUACUCUUUCUGUAGUGUUAUUAAAUACAUGAAUGCAUGGGGGAAUUGUUAAACUAACAGAGCUAGACUUUAAACCCUAUAAUUAAACACAUACAGAUGCUGAUUGUCGUUACUGGUCAUCUUCCAUAUGUCUUCCAUUAAGUCAACACGCACAAACAAAACCACUAUUUUUAAUGUCUACUGUACUCUAUCUUAUUUUCUGCCCUGUGUUCACUCAUAUGAAGUUCCAAUAUAUUGCCUACUGAAAAAUUGUGUGGUUGGGAGCUAAGGUGAAUAUUGUGAAAUUGUGUUUUUUGUUUUGUUUGUGUGGAGCCGCUUUACCAUGACCCAACCCCUUUUUUAUUUGUGAAAGUUGAUUCAUUCAUGAGAAGGAAGGUUACAGCAUUAUGUGAUGUUACAGUUUUUACACUCCGAUUGCUUUGGUCUUUAUUGUAUUUUUAAGUAUAGUCUAUAUGAAUACACUAUGUACUACAGCUUGUUACAGUAUCAUUUUCAAAUAAUUUGUAUUAAAACUGUUUUAUAUAUAAUGACAAUAUUACCCUCUUCUGUUGUUCCUCAUUUAUUGCCAAUAAAAACUAUAAA